CGGCAAUGGUAGAUCUUAUGUAUUAAUUCUCGAAGCUGGUGCUUCUGGGGAUCCAAGUCAGAGUAAAUUGUAUUUUACAAGAUUUAGUACAAAAGUGGGAUUUUGUAGGGUUAGAGUACCAUUUUCAUCAUUCCGCCCUGUGAACCCAGAUGAUCCAGUUUUAGACCCUUUUCUUGUACACACAUUGACAAUACGCUUUGAGCCUAGAAAACAGAGGUCCGUUGAUGCAAAUGCAACUAUGAAACAGGAUUUGAGAAGCUUUAAGCUUAUAUUGGAAUAUAUAAAAGCUUUGCCUACCGGGCAAGAAACCGAUUUUGUCUUAGUUUCAUGUUCAGGACAAGGGAUUGAGCCUUCCAGGCGGGAGCAGGUUCUUAAAGCCAAGCAGGCAGGCGAAGAUUCCUUAAGAAGAUCUGGCCUUGGGUACACAAUAGUUCGUCCAGGUCCAUUGGAGGAAGAACCUGGUGGGCAGCGCGCUCUAAUAUUUGAUCAAGGAAAUCGAAUAUCUCAGGGCAUCAGCUGUGCUGAUGUGGCUGAUAUAUGUGUGAAGGCACUACAUGAUUCAACUGCAAGAAACAAAAGCUUUGAUGUAUGUUACGAGUAUGUUGCUGAGGAAGGGAGGGAGCUUUAUGAGCUGGUUGCACACUUGCCUGACAAAGCAAAUAACUACUUGACACCAGCACUUUCUGUGUUAGAGAAGAAUACAUGAUCAUCCCUCGUCGAGACAACAUGCUUCCCAGUUGUGAGAUUUCAUAUAAUCGCUUCCUUAAUCCUUCUUUGUUCUACUUCUACUUUGCUGCUUCAAGUGGAAUGUAACUAUUUUACCUGUAUAUAUUCACGUGCAACCCAAAAUCCACGAUUUCAGAAAGUAUAUAGAUUUAUAUAUUCCUUCCUCAAAAACUGAAAUAAUACAGAAACAGAUUUCAAUAGUUAAAA